AUGCAUGAUCCUCAGAUCAUAAAGCAACUGCAACUGUCCACCAAUGCGCCAUCGCCCGCAGAAUUUGCCUCUGCAGAAGUUGGAAGACAAAAACUUCGUAGGGAGAUCGAGAAAUUUCGAAUCAACGCCCAGUACAUGGACCCUUUCGUCGACUUUCCGAGGUCGGUGGACUCUUUGUGCAGCAUUCUCCGUGACGACGUGGACCGGCAAUACUUUCGAAAUUAUCCGUGCCUCAGCCAUGGUAAUUGCUCCUUUGACAGCAUCUUAGCAAGCUUCGCCCCGGGUGAAACGGUUGAGGCGUUUGGAAUGACUUCCUGGGAGAAUGCGGGCUUCUGUGGAAGGGGGGUUAAUGGUGAUAUCGCGCAACUAUGUGCCGAGCUUGAAGCAUACCGACUUGCGGUCUGGUGUCAGGAGAGUGCGCAGGGCAUGAGCCGUCUGAUUUUUGUCUUCUAUCGAGUCGCCCUUUCUUAUCUUCUGGACAAGCUGCUCAAACAGUACAAGCGUGAGAGCAAGUGGUUGUGUGAAAGCCGGACAUCUAACGAGAGGCAGAACGUUGUGGAACCCGAGGAACCACAACUGCCUUCGUUAAAGGCACUUGAACGAUCGGUCUACCUCGUCCACGGCCUCUACCUCGCCAACGCAGCUUUUGAGAAACCGUGGUGCUGCCGAAGCCAGCGGUGUUCUCGUGUCAACGGACAACACACAACAGUCAAACAUCACUGUAUGCUGGUUGCAUUUUUGUUUCGUUGUGGACUCCAGAUUCUCGCCCUUGCCAGGGAGAACGAGGAAGAAUUUCGCCAGGUCAAUGUGAAAGCAGAGUUGACGGUUUUCCGGGCCGUCUUAGGCGGUUGGCAACCACGGAUCGUGGAGCUUUUCCACGAUGACCUCUACGACUCGCGACUACGAUCCAUGGUCCGAGCGAGGUUUUUCUGA